GGAUCGCCGUUGUCCUGGAUGGAGGGCGAGCGAGGUUUGACAGAUGAAAAAGUGAAGGCAUAUCUUUCUCUUCACCCCCAGGUAUUAGAUGAAUUUGUAUCUGAAAGUGUUAGUGCAGAGACUGUAGAAAAAUGGCUGAAGAGGAAAAACAACAAACCAGAAGAUGAAUCGGCUCCCAGGGAAGUCAGCAGGUACCAAGAUACGAAUAUGCAGGGAGUUGUAUAUGAACUCAACAGCUAUAUAGAACAGCGGCUGGACACGGGAGGAGACAACCAGCUGCUCCUGUAUGAACUCAGUAGCAUCAUUAAAAUAGCCACAAAAGCUGACGGAUUUGCACUGUAUUUCCUUGGAGAGUGCAAUAAUAGCCUGUGCAUCUUCACCCCGCCCGGAGUCAAGGAAGGGAGACCCCGGCUCGUUCCUGCGGGCCCCAUCGCCCAGGGCACCACCACCUCCGCCUACGUGGCCAAGUCCCGGAAGACGUUGCUCGUGGAAGACAUCCUUGGGGAUGAACGAUUUCCCAAAGGCACUGGCCUGGAGUCAGGGACGCGGAUCCAGUCGGUCCUCUGCCUGCCGAUUGUCACCGCGAUCGGCGAUCUGAUCGGCAUCCUGGAGCUGUACCGCCACUGGGGCAAGGAGGCCUUCUGCCUGAGCCAUCAGGAGGUCGCAACGGCAAAUCUUGCCUGGGCUUCAGUAGCGAUUCAUCAGGUGCAGGUAUGCAGAGGCCUUGCCAAGCAGACCGAAUUGAAUGACUUUCUCCUCGACGUGUCCAAGACAUAUUUUGAUAACAUAGUCGCAAUAGAUUCUCUACUUGAACACAUAAUGAUCUACGCGAAAAACCUGGUGAACGCCGACCGCUGCGCCCUGUUCCAGGUGGACCACAAGAACAAGGAGCUGUACUCCGACCUGUUCGACAUCGGAGAGGAGAAGGAGGGGAGGCCCAUCUUCAAGAAGACCAAAGAGAUCAGAUUUUCAAUUGAGAAAGGCAUUGCUGGUCAAGUAGCGAGAACGGGCGAAGUGCUGAACAUCCCCGAUGCCUACGCGGACCCGCGCUUCAACAGAGAAGUGGACUUGUACACAGGCUACACCACCCGCAACAUCCUGUGCAUGCCCAUCGUCAGUCGAGGGAGCGUGAUCGGGGUGGUGCAGAUGGUGAACAAAAUCAGUGGCAGUGCCUUCUCCAAAACGGAUGAAAACAACUUCAAAAUGUUUGCCGUCUUUUGUGCUUUAGCCUUACACUGUGCCAACAUGUACCACAGGAUCCGCCACUCCGAGUGCAUCUACCGGGUGACCAUGGAGAAGCUGUCCUACCAUAGCAUCUGCACGGCAGAGGAGUGGCAGGGCCUCAUGCGCUUCAGCCUCCCGGGCCGGCUCUGCAAGGAGAUUGAACUGUUCCACUUUGACAUUGGUCCUUUUGAGAACAUGUGGCCUGGCAUUUUCGUCUACAUGGUCCAUCGGUCCUGUGGGACAUCCUGCUUCGAGCUCGAAAAGCUGUGCCGCUUCAUCAUGUCCGUGAAGAAAAACUACAGGCGGGUCCCGUACCACAACUGGAAGCACGCGGUCACCGUGGCGCACUGCAUGUUCGCCAUCCUGCAGAGCAGCCGCGGGCUCUUCACCGACCUGGAGCGCAAAGGACUGCUGAUCGCGUGUCUGUGCCACGACCUGGACCACCGGGGCUUCAGCAACAGCUACCUGCAGAAGUUCGACCACCCCCUGGCCGCGCUCUACUCCACGUCCACCAUGGAGCAGCACCACUUCUCCCAGACCGUGUCCAUCCUGCAGCUGGAAGGGCACAACAUCUUCUCCACCCUGAGCUCCGGCGAGUACGAGCAGGUGCUGGAGAUCAUCCGCAAGGCCAUCAUCGCCACAGACCUGGCCUUGUACUUCGGGAACAGGAAGCAGCUGGAAGAGAUGCACCAGACCGGGUCGCUGAACCUCAAUAACCAGUCGCAUAGGGACCGUGUCAUCGGCUUGAUGAUGACUGCCUGUGAUCUUUGCUCUGUGACAAAACUGUGGCCAGUUACAAAAUUGACAGCAAAUGACAUAUACGCAGAAUUCUGGGCUGAGGGUGAUGAAAUGAAGAAAUUGGGAAUACAGCCUAUCCCUAUGAUGGACAGAGAUAAGAAGGAUGAGGUCCCACAAGGCCAGCUCGGCUUCUACAACGCGGUGGCCAUCCCCUGCUACACCACGCUCACCCAGAUCUUCCCGCCCACCGAGCCGCUCCUGAAGGCCUGCAGGGACAACCUCAGCCAGUGGGAGAAGGUCCUCCGAGGGGAGGAGACGGCCGUUUGGAUCUCGUCCCAGCCGGUGGCCCCGGGGACCUCUGAGAAGCUGCCCUUGAAGAUUGAUGACUGAUGGCUGCUGAGGGACUGUCCCCUUCGUCCCCCCCCCCCGCCCCUGCAGACGCUCGCCUCGCUUCUCUGACUUCCCUUCCUUUUAUUUUGUGGGGAACCUACACCUGGUAACCGGAUGCAAGCCUCUUCGAGAAAGUCACACCAAGUAAACCUGCCAGUCUCCUUGGUGUGCAUCACAGACCGUGACCAGCAGGGACCACCCGGGACCAGAAGCCACCUGUUCGCGUGACUCCACCUGACUUGCGAACUGGCCUUUCCUGAUAGGCUGCUGUUGCCAAGGCCCUGUGGGAACAGGCAUAGGCGGUUCAGAGGGCGCUUGCCCGCAGCAUCCAUCUGCUGGGGUCUAAAGUGGUUCUGUGAUGGUGUACGUGGCUCCAACACCAUGUCGCUUCCAUGUUGCUGGUUAUAAAUAGGAAUUUUUGUACGUUGCUAUUGUGACCGUUCAUGGUGACCCCUUGUAAGCAGACAGCCUCAGGCCCAUUAUCGAGGUUACAGCGCAAGAAGUGUCUUGGCGAUCAGUGAUAGAAAGUGGUCAGAUUCUUGUUCAGAGCUCCGUGGAUUAAAAGUCAGGGUCUAAGGCGUGUUCCUUGCAUUUCUAUUUAAGGGCUGGGGUAAGUGACCUGAACACGGAAGGAAGGAAGCAGACCUGUCCUGUCGAGCAGAGCUGCAGACAGCAUCAUGACGAAUCUCAGACGCCUAAGUAUCAGUUCAGAUGUCAAAGGAUCUUUUAAAAAAAUUUCAUUGCAGUCUUGGCAAAUUUAAUAAACAUUUGCAUACAGAACAAAAUAAAAGCAAGGCAUAUGAAGUUUUUUAAUGGACAAGUCUCAUGGAUAUAAAAUGUGAAUUUUUAAUAAUGAUUUCUUUAUACUUUCACUUUAUGUCAUUGCAAAACUAGAUUCACAUUCAAAAUGAAAGAUUUAUUCUACAAAUUAUUUCAUUAAAAUAACAUGCAUUUCUCGUAAAGUCAAAUUAAACCACAAGCUCUAAGUCUUCUGUAACGUUUACUUCGGUCUGCAGCCUCACCCCGCCCUUCCCUCCUUCCCUGUGCUACUCAGUCACAGCUCGUGUGCCUUCUGUCCACGACAGAGGACAGUGCAGUCCUGUCGUAGCUCAUUUCCGUGCUCCUUACUUUGCUCCAGAUCCAAAAUCUGCAAAGAAGAUUUGGAGCGUUUCCUCUGUAUAUUUUUUGGUAGACGGUAUUACUCCACAGUGUUACUGUUUUGAGAAAAUACACGAAAGUAAUUGUCUGGACCCCCGCCUGCAAGGGUGAUAAGCCAGUCAAUUCUGGUGCAUGUCAGUGCUGUAACGGUUGUUGGCGUGGUGAGCCAGCAACCCCGGUGACCUGAAACCGUGCUUAGCCCUGCCCUGAAGGAGUCAGAGUCACAGCACGUGACCGGCUGACCCAGGACAAGUAGCUUAGCCACUACUCACCAUGGCGGGAAACUGGAAUGACACUUUUAAUAAAAUAAACUUUUAAACAUUCUACAUACUGAAUACUGUACACACUGUUGUUCACAUGAGCUUGCUCUUUGCAAAAAUAAAUCAGUUGUUUCCACAACAUGGUUUAUUUACGUUGUAGCAAAGUUAGCUAUACGUAAACAUUGUUCUUAUUUUAAAAUUAACACUAUGUGUUCGAUUUCAUUGUGGGCUUCUGCAAGCUGCCAUCUUCCCUCUGUGGAGCCCCAUUUCCUAUUGUAAUUAUACAAUAUAAGGUAAAAUGAAAUGAGAGAGACCACUGUGGCUAGAUACACACACACACACACGUAUGGUGUGCGCGGCUGUGUGCACAUGCACGUGUGUACAUGUACAGAUGUAUUUAGACACACGUGUGAGAGAACGAAGCACAUCUAUGAAAAAUAACAAUCAGCUGCAUUCUUCAGAAACAGUGAUUUUUUGUGCUGGGGAUAGAUGCUGUUGGUAAACAGCUGACUAGAAAGCAGCCUUUCUCCAGUUAGUGUGUUUAUAGACUUGGAUUCAAGGAGUUUCAUAUUUUCCUGCAUCCAAAUUUACCAAACGACCCCACCAAAUUCAACUUCAAUCACAAAAGGGAAUUUACUUAUCUAACUUGGAGACUGAAUUGGCAGGGGGUGUGGUGAGUAUCACUUAAGACCGUUUUCUAAUUGAAGGGAUUUUAAAAGUGCAUGAAUUCCGAUUCUUGAUAUGGAAAAUAGAGACAUCCUGUGGCUACUUUGCAUUUUAAGGUUGCUGUUCUGAUACGAUGAUUAAAGAACAUUCCUUUAUUCCUGGAUAGCCAGAGGCAUUACAUUAUGUGACCUCUACUUUGAACAGUUUCCCAAAGAAAUGUGUGUGGAUUUAUUGGUUGGUUGAUUUCUUGUGAAAUAUUGUCAUAAUAGAAGCAAAGGACUUGAGCAAAGGACUGCAUUCUAAUGUAAAUAUGAAUACUGCUUUUACCAUAAGAUUUACUUUAAGAAUCACAAAUUUACCUAAAAUAAAAGGGCCCAGGAUGAAGCGAAUACUUAAUAGUCCGUUUUUGGGG